UAUCAACUUCGCUCCCUCUGCAUCGCCGCCAUUUCACCAGGUGAAGGACUCAAAUAGCGUCUCAACACUUUCUGCGGUAGUGGCGACACCUCACCGGGACAGCAACACGACGGAGCAUUGUUUUUAAGAUUUAAAAUUAGCGUUUAUCAUUAUCUAGACCUAGCUUGAGUGGUUUAGAGCAGCUUAAUCUGAAAAAGAAGGAAAACGGCGAACAUCUGAAGGCAAAAUGUCGACUGAGGCUUCACCAGAGAAACCAGGCCAAGGAAAUUCAGUGAACGGCAAGUCCAACCAUGAGUCCAGAAAGGAGAGGCCCCAGAAGCGUGGUGGCGGGGGACGAUUUGAACCUUACGGAAACCCCAAUAAAAGAUAUCGUGUGUUUGUCAGCAACAUUCCCUAUGAUGUUAAAUGGCAAACACUAAAAGAUCUCAUGAAGGAGAAAGUGGGUGAGGUAACGUACGUGGAACACUUAAUGGACGGAGAAGGCAAAUCAAGGGGUUGUGCUGUGGUUGAGUUCAGAACUGAAGAACUCAUGAAAAAGGCUGUAGAGAAAGUCAACAAACAUGUCAUGAAUGGCCGUCCUCUCAAGGUCAAAGAGGAUCCAGAUGGAGUGAUUGCCCAGCGUGAAGCUAAUCGGGCUCAUGGGGGUGGUGGUGGUGGCGGCGGACCCCCAGGCAUGGGUGGAGGAAUGGGAGGCGGCAUGGGAGGCGGCAUGGGUGGAGGCAUGGGGAUGGGGAUGGGUCCAGGGCCUGGUGCUCCUCCAAUGGUCAACAUCCCUCCCAGUCUCAUGAACAACCCCAACAUUCCCAAUGAGAUUAUCCAUGGACUCCAGUCUGGAAAAAUUGGAAGCACCAUUUUUGUGGCUAAUCUGGACUACAAGGUUGGCUGGAAGAAGCUCAAAGAGGUGUUUGGAAUGGCUGGAGCGGUUGUGCGUGCUGAUAUCCUGGAGGAUAAGGACGGAAAAAGCAGAGGCAUGGGAACGGUUACGUUUGAAAUGCCCAUUGAGGCCGUUCAAGCAGUCUCCAUGUUCAAUGGACAGCUCCUCUUCAACAGGGUCAUGCACGUCAAACUGGAUGAGAAAUCCCUUCCCAAAGGUGACUUUGCGCCCCCAGAUCGUCCUCCAGCACUUCCCCGUGGUCUGAGCGGUGUCGGCCUUGGUCUGGGACCCGGCGGUCAACCCAUUGAUGCUACCCAGCUCAACCGGGGUGGAAUGGGCAACAUGGGCCCAGGAGGAAUGGAUGGAAUGGGCUUUGGUGGCAUGGGUAGAGUGGGAGGGAUUGAUAAUUUUGGAGGAGGUAUGAACAACAUGGAUCGUUUUGGACCCUCUGGAAUGGGAAGAAUGAAUGCAGAUAUGGAUCGUGGAAUUGGUGGUGGCUUUGAUAGAGAAUUUGGUGGCCGUAAUGACAUGGGAAUGUCACGUAGCAACUUUGGAGACUCUUUUGACCGUGGAAUGGGAAACACCAUGGGAAUGGAUCGUAUGAAUUCUGGCAUGGACCGGCUUGGUGGUGGCAUGGACCGCAUGGGAGGACUAGACCGAAUGGGAAUGGAUCGCAUGGACCGCAUGUCUGAUCUGGACAGGUUGGGAACUGGCUUUGACAGAAUGGGUUCAGGGCUUGACCGGCUAGGGCCCAGUAUGGAUCGGCUGGGAUCAGGCCUUGACCGCAUGAGCUCCAGUGUGGACCGCAUGGGCCCUGGUGGGUUUGAUCGCUUGGGCCCGUCCAGCAUGGAUCGUAUGAGUGGCGGAAUGGACUUUGCUUCUCCUAUGGGCAUGGACAGGAUGAAUGCGGGCCUCGACCGAAUGGGUUCAAACUUCGACCGCAUGGGCUCCGGUGGCAUGGACCGCUUUCCCUCCUCGGGCCUUGAUCGCAUGGGUACCAGCAUGGAUCGUAUGGGCUCUGGUGGUGUCGGUGGUCAGUUUGACAGACCUGCUGAUAUGGACCGUGGCAACUUUGGCACUCCUUUCAGUGGGUCUGGACAAGGAGGGCCAGGGGCUGGUGGAGCCAAUGCCAGGAAGGGCUGCCAGAUUUUUGUCAGAAAUCUGCCCUUUGACUUCACCUGGAAGAUGUUGAAGGACACUUUCAAUUCAUGUGGCAUUGUGCAGUAUGCGGACAUAAAGAUGGAGAACGGUAAAUCCAAGGGCUGUGGUGUGGUGCGCUUUGAUAGUCCUGAGACUGCAGAGCGAGCCUGUCGUACUAUGAACGGCUACCGGCUAAAUGGGCGAGAGAUUGACGUCAGGAUUGACAGAAAUGCAUAAUCGUCAUCUUUUGCCUUCCACAAUUGAUUCCCUCCACCCCACUCACUAUGCUUUCCAAAUAAUUUGUCAAGUUACAUAUUUGUAUUUGUGCCGAAUGGUACACUUUUAGUUUUGCUUAUGACUUUUAGAGACCAAAUGUUUUUUUUUCUUUUUUUCCCCACUUUUUAUUGUGAUGCUUUCCAAGAAAUUGCCUUUGUUAAAGGUUUGCUAAUAAAUCUCAACUUUGAGAACCUA